AUGACCUCCACUUAGUGUUUCCCAUCUUGGCUGCAUGUUAGAAUCACAGAGGAGGUGGCCGGAGGCAGCCAGGAUGACAGCUCUCCCCAGGAACCAAGCCACCCGCUGAAAAACAUGAUCAGCAAGUCCCGCUGGAAGCUCCUGGCCAUGCUGGCUCUGGUCCUGGUCAUCAUGGUGUGGUAUUCCAUCUCCCGAGAAGACAGGUACAUUGAGCUUUUUUAUUUUCCCAUCCCAGAGAAGAGGGAGCCGUGCCUCCAGGGUGAGGCAGAAAGGAAAGCCUCUAAGAUCUUUGGCAACUACUCCCAAGAUCAGCCCAUUUUCCUGCAGCUUAAGGACUUUUUCUGGGUCAAGACACCCUCUGCCUAUGAGCUGCCCUAUGGAACCAAGGGGAGUGAAGACCUGCUUCUCCGGGUUCUAGCCAUCACCAGCUACACCAUGCCAGAGAGCAUCCAGAGCCUGAAGUGCCGCCGCUGUGUGGUGGUGGGGAACGGGCACCGCCUACGGAACAGCUCACUGGGAGAGGCCAUCAACAAGUACGAUGUGGUCAUCAGAUUGAACAACGCUCCAGUGGCUGGCUAUGAGGGGGAUGUGGGCUCCAAGACCACCAUGCGUCUCUUCUACCCUGAAUCUGCCCACUUUGACCCCAAAGUAGAGAAUAACCCAGACACACUCCUGGUCCUGGUAGCAUUCAAGGCGAUGGACUUCCACUGGAUUGAGACCAUCCUGAAUGAUAAGAAGCGGGUGCGAAAGGGUUUCUGGAAACAGCCUCCUCUCAUCUGGGACGUCAACCCAAAACAGAUUCGGAUUCUCAACCCCUUCUUUAUGGAGAUUGCAGCUGACAGACUGCUGAGCCUGCCAAUGCAACAGCCACGUAAGAUUAAGCAGAAGCCCACCACAGGCUUGUUGGCCAUCACCCUGGCCCUCCACUUUUGCGACUUGGUGCACAUUGCUGGCUUUGGCUACCCUGAUGUCUACAACAAGAAGCAGACCAUUCACUACUACGAGCAGAUCACGCUCAAAUCCAUGGCGGGGUCAGGCCACAAUGUCUCCCAGGAGGCAUUGGCCAUCAAGCGGAUGCUAGAAAUUGGAGUCAUCAAGAACCUCACUUACUUCUGAAUUGGGCAAGAGCUGUACCUGUCAAUCUGCCCAAUCCACUGUGAGCCCCCAGCUCGGCUGUGGGGGUACCUGGUUCUAGUGUGAUCCACUUGGACUCACCUCCCGCUGCCUGGGGAGAAGGUCCCUGGACUGACUGGCCAGGGCUGAGAGGUGGCCAUGCCCCAGGCUGCUCUUGUGGGGCCCAGAUGUAGUCAGGGCAGAGGCCCUGGGACUGCAGGAGCUGACCACAGACAGGGCUUGUUGCCACGGCCUCCCUUCUCUGCCAGUGCUGAGAGAUUAUUUAAUGGGCUAUUUAAUUAAGGGAUAGAAGGUGCUGUGGGCUGGUCCCAUGACAUCCAGAAAAGGGGCAUAGUACAGUAUUGUACUCACUUUUUAUAAAAAUAGCACAUGAUGGGCCCACAAGGACCUAGACCCAGAGCAGGCCUCCCAGCGGGUGGGGAGUCUGGAGGGGUGAGGGCCCUCUAGAUGGGCUGUGACCUCCCAGCAGGCAUGGGAAGAACUUUAGUGUGUGUGUGGGGGGGGUUCAGUGGCAAAGGGGACCCAAUCUAGAAAAGAGGUUUCAAACCUGCCAUUAAACUAUUUUUCUUAAAAC